AUGAGGGUGUCAGAGCCGAUGCUGGACAUGGACAUGGGAAACUACAGCGAAGUUUUGGAUCCAACUUACACAGCUUUGGAGUUUGACACUAUGCAGAUUCUGUAUAAUUCCAAUGACAGUUCUGCCCCAGAAACCACAAGUAUGAAUACCAACGACAGUGGUGUCAACUGUCUAUGUGCCAUCUGUGGGGACAGAGCAACAGGAAAGCAUUACGGGGCAUCCAGCUGUGAUGGCUGCAAGGGGUUUUUCAGGCGCAGCAUUCGGAAAAGUCACGUUUAUUCCUGCAGGUUCAGUCGCCAAUGUGUUGUUGACAAGGAUAAAAGGAAUCAAUGCAGAUACUGUCGAUUACGAAAGUGUUUUAGAGCAGGAAUGAAGAAAGAAGCUGUGCAAAAUGAACGCGACAGAAUAAGUACCAGAAGAAGUACAUUUGAUGGCAGCAACAUCCCUUCCAUAAACACUCUGGCACAAGCUGAAGUUCGGUCUCGCCAGAUCUCAGCCCCAAGCCCCAGUGCAAGUGCUGACAUAAACCUGAAGAGAAUUGCAAGCAUCAGUGAUGUCUGUGAGUCUAUGAAGCAGCAGCUCCUGGUCUUGGUGGAAUGGGCCAAGUACAUCCCUGCCUUCUGCGAGCUGCCUUUGGAUGACCAGGUGGCCCUGUUGAGAGCUCACGCAGGAGAACACUUACUGCUUGGAGCUACAAAGAGAUCCAUGAUGUAUAAAGAUGUUUUGCUUUUGGGAAACAACUACGUCAUUCACCGUAACAGCUGUGAAGUCGAAGUCAGCCGUGUGGCUAACCGGGUCCUCGAUGAGCUGGUUAGACCAUUCCAAGAGAUCCAGAUAGAUGACAAUGAGUAUGCGUGUUUAAAGGCCAUUGUGUUCUUUGACCCAGAUGCAAAGGGCCUGAGCGACCCCGUGAAGAUUAAGAACAUGCGGUUCCAGGUCCAGAUCAGCCUGGAGGAUUACAUCAACGACAGGCAGUAUGAUUCCCGGGGCAGGUUCGGGGAGCUGCUCUUGCUGUUGCCCACCCUGCAGAGCAUCACUUGGCAGAUGAUCGAGCAAAUUCAGUUCGUCAAACUGUUCGGCAUGGUCAAAAUUGACAACCUCCUCCAGGAGAUGCUGCUGGGCGGUGCUGCCAAUGAUGGAAGCCAUCUCCAUCACCCAAUGCACCCCCAUUUGUCUCAGGAUCCACUAACUGGGCAAACAAUACUUUUAGGUCCCAUGUCCACAUUGGUUCAUACAGACCAAAUCUGUAAAUGGUUGAAGGGGAGGGGAGAAGCAGCAACUCCGGAAACCCCACUCCCUUCCCCACCCCAGGGCUCUGGUCAAGAACAGUACAAAAUCACUGCGAAUCAGGCAUCCGUCAUUUCACACCAGUCCCUCUCUAAACAAAAGCAGUUGUGAGAAGAUGCUCGAUUCUGAAUGGUACUUUGUAAAUGUGAAACCCAUUGCUCUUGAAAUGUCUCAGGAUGGUAAUUUUGCCAACUUUUAGGCAAGGCUUGCUU